AACACAGGAAGUGUAGUAAAGGUCGCCGUGCAGAAGCAUCAUUGCACGCGUGGAGAUUUUAUGUGGCUGAAUGAAGGUUUAAACACGAGAAUGAAUGAAGUCACCAGUGGCAGUUGUGAGAGAUGAAGUCAGAGGGAAAAAACAAAGCAAUCAUCGUAAUUUAGCCAGUCAGCUAGCCUUAACUGUCGCUAAAUUGUUUUAUUUCCAGCCUACAAGCAGCUGUCAGGAUACGAAGAAAGACCGAUAACCUUUAUUUACUGGACUGCGCAGGUCUUCAGAUGAGCUCCUUUUGCGGGGGUAUCUAGAGUCUCAGUGCAGCAGCCGUCACCAUGCCCCUGUCGGAUUUUCUGGACGGCCUGAAGGACAACCCGUACUUCGGAGCCGGCUUCGGACUGGUCGGGGUCGGGACAGCUCUGGCGCUUGCCAGGAAAGGGGCUCAGGUGGGGAUGAUCUUCUUCCGCAGGCACUACAUGAUCACUCUGGAGGUGCCCAGCAGGGACAAGAGCUACAACUGGCUGCUGAGCUGGAUCACCAAGCACGCCAAACACACGCAGCACCUGAGCGUGGAGACCUCCUACCUGGCCCACGAGAGCGGACGGGUUCACACGCAGUUUGACUUUCACCCGAGCCCUGGCAACCACAUCAUCUGGUAUGGGAGGAAGUGGAUCAGGGUGGAGCGGACCAGGGAGAAGCAGAUGGUGGAUCUGCACACUGGAACUCCCUGGGAGUCUGUCACUUUCACAGCUUUAGGCAGAGACAGGCAGAUCUUCUUUAAUAUCUUACAAGAAGCAAGAGAACUGGCGCUGAAGCAGGAGGAAGGGAGGACAGUGAUGUACACGGCCAUGGGUGCAGAGUGGCGGCCCUUCGGCUUUCCUCGGCGACGCAGACCCCUCAGCUCUGUGGUGCUGGACGUGGGCGUUGCCGAAAGGAUUGUAGAUGACGUGAAGGACUUCAUUGGAAAUCCCAAAUGGUACACAGAUAGAGGUAUUCCCUACAGAAGAGGCUACCUGCUGUACGGCCCCCCUGGAUGUGGAAAGAGCAGUUUUAUCACGGCGUUGGCUGGUGAGCUGGGCUACAGCAUCUGUCUGAUGAGUCUGAGUGACCGAACACUUUCGGACGACCGCCUGAAUCACCUCCUGAGCGUGGCACCACAGCAGAGCAUCAUUCUGCUGGAGGAUGUCGAUGCAGCCUUUGUCAGCAGAGACCUGCUUCCCACUGAGAACCCUCUGGCCUAUCAGGGAAUGGGACGACUGACCUUCAGUGGACUGCUGAACUCUCUUGAUGGAGUGGCUUCAUCAGAGGCCCGAAUAGUUUUUAUGACUACUAACUUCAUAGACAGGUUAGAUGCAGCGCUCAUCCGACCCGGCCGUGUUGAUCUGAAGCAGUACAUCGGGCAUUGCACCCACUGGCAGCUCACCCAGAUGUUCCGGCGAUUUUACCCCGACGAACCGGCCUCUGAGGCAGAACACUUUGCCAAGCAGGCUUUAGCCACACACUCUGAAAUCAGUGCUGCUCAGGUGCAAGGACACUUUCUGCUGCACAAAAUGGACCCUGCAGGAUCGAUAGACAAUGUUGCUCAAAUAAAAGGAUGACAGGAUUGGAAGGGAUUUGGACGCUGAUGCCCGAAUAAAGAGAAAUGGAAAAACAUUUUCAGUUUAAGUUUAUUAAUGAGACAGAUCCAUAAGAGAGUUGAUUUUUGUGAUUUAUGCGACUGCUCAGAUGUUUGAAAUACAGACACACAAAACCUCA